UUCAGUCGCGAUACGACUAUAGUGCCCAGCAUAUAGCUCUAUAAAAAUGGACUGGACUUGGUUUUCAACUGCGCCAAAUGCGAUUGGAAUCACUGCAGCCGUUUUACUAUGUUACUGCGUAAAGAAAUUUGUCUUCACUUCCAGCCAGUGGAGGUCUCCUUUUGCUGAGGAUUCAAGGGCUCCUUUAACUCCGCUGGAAAUCGACCAAACUAAACGCGACGAAGUCUUAAAAAGAGCGUUUACUAAGCAGCUGGCCACUGAGAAGAAAUGGGACGCCAUAGUCAUAGGAUCCGGAAUAGGAGGGAUGUCCACUGCAGCGCUACUAAGCAAAGCCGGAAUGAAAGUGUUGGUUCUAGAAAAGCACUACAAAUGUGGCGGGGCCUGUCACACUUUCAAAGAGCAAGGCUACGAAUUCGACGUCGGAAUUCACUACGUGGGCAAUUUCAUCCGCCCAACCCUGGCUCGAACCCUUGUGGAACAAAUCACUGACGGGCAAAUCCAAUGGGCUCAACUAGAUAACGGCUUUGAUCGUGUGAUCAUGAACUCCACGGCCGCUCCACGACGGCUCGAGUGCAACGUUUCGUCUGGAAAGGACGCUUGGAAAAACCCGACGAAAGAAAAGCCAUCGAACAAUUUUUUGCCAUGAUGAAACGAGCCAACCGUCCGUUUGGAUACUCGCUAGGAUGUUUUGCAUUUAAAAUUCUUCCACUGUGGCUCGUCAAAGUGAUGUGCUUCUUCGGUUUGCCGUGUCUUCUGAGCGAUUACUUUGUAUUAAACAAACGCUCAAUCCAAGAAGUUGUCAAGGGUCUAACAAAGAACAGCGAUCUUCAGUUCCUCCUUGCCUACAGCUCGGGAGGAUUUGGCGUCAACGCUAAUCGCGCCUCAAUUUCCAUGCUCUCUAUGCUGCACCUCCACUGCUGUGAAUAUGGGUCUUGUUAUCCGGUCGGUGGAGCCUCGGAAAUCCCAUAUCGAAUCAUCCCGGUCAUAGAGCGAUCAGGCGGCCGUGUGCUCAUGAAGGCUCACGUCUCUCAAAUUCUAACCGAAAACGGACGGGUGAUGGGCGUACGGGUCGGCCAAAAAGAACAAUCUGCUGUCGACUUAUACGCUCCCAUUGUCAUAUCUGAUGCAGGGCUUCAAAACACGUUUCAGGAUCUUCUUCCGGAAAAUGUCGCCAAAUUUUCACCCAGCUGGUCGCUAGCGAAUUCUCUUCCAGCUGCCUUGGGGAAUUUAACCGUUUUCAUUGGACUCAAAGGCACUCCUGAAGAUUUAGGACUCACGGCACAAAAUGUCUGGAUCUUCACCAACCACCAUCCAAUAGAUGAAUUCGAGAUGCCCGAGUCUGAGGAAACUUUGCGAUACUUUUGCGAAAAUCCUUACCCGGCAAUUUUCAUUUCGUCCGCCUCCGCCAAAGAUCCUUCGUGGGCCAAAAGAUACCCCGACCGGAGUACCAUAUCGGUCAUGUCUUUCAUCCCGUACUCGUUUUUCGCCAAAUGGUCUCACCUGAAGGUGAAGAAACGAGGCGACGACUACAACGCCUUGAAAAAUGCCUACGGACUGCAGAUUCUCGAUCAAGUGAUUCGCGAGUAUCCUAAGAUGAAGAACGCAAUCGACUACUUCAGUGUUGCAACUCCGGUUACUAUUGAGCACUACCUAAGUACCAAAAAAGGCGGGACUUACGGAUUGGAACACGAUAUGGAACGUUUUGACCCGGAACAGUCUUCAUUGCUGCGUCCCGAAUCUGGCAUUGAAGGAUUAUUCUUUAGCGGCCAAGACGUGACAACGUGUGGAUUCGCUUCUACCAUGCUCAGCGGCCUGCUGUGCGCCGGCGCUGUCUUAAGGAAGAAAUAUUCCAUCGCGUUAGACCUCCUUUUGUUACACACCAAACUGUCGGGCAGACCUGAAAACCUCGACAGUUUAUUUUUCUAAUAGCUGCGCAUCGUUGUUUUUAUCAUUUGAAAGAAUUGAGGGCAAUAAUAUGAGUUACUAUAAAUACAUAUUCGAACAAAUAA